CUCACCUCUCACCCCUCAUGGAGAGAUCCAAGCGGUUCUUUCCACGGGGAGGGUCCAAGCUGUCAUGGAAAGCCUGGCAGGGGCUGUUAUAAAUCACCCAGGGCUGCAGGCAGGAGGGCAGGCAGCUCCUGCUGGCCUGGGGAGAACCAGAGCUGCUGGUGCUGACAGAACCUCGGGCUGGACAUGAAGAUCUCCUUGGCCCUGCUCGUCCUGCUGCUGGCAGCUGCCUGGACUGGGAGCCAGGGGAUGUCCUUCCGCAGGUCCAGCCCCAGCUGCUGCUCCAAGGGAAUGUUCUCCCGUCGGAAAAUCCCCGAGUUCAAGAUCCUGGGCUACCUGGAAACAGCCUCCAGCUGCACCCACAGGGCUGUUCUUGUGAAGCUGGCAAAGGGGAUGGUCUGCGUGGACCCAGAGGAGAAAUGGUUCCAGGAGUACCUGAGGAAGCAGAAGAAGCCAAACAGCACCUUGACGUGAAGCUGCCUUCCCCACAUCUCUAUUUAAUUGUACCCCAUAAUCCUCUGUGUGUUUUUGUGUCACUCAUUAA